AUGGACAGGGAGACGCGCGUGUUCGCCGAGAGCCACUUCAGAGGCCCCGAGGGGCGUCUCCCCAGCAGAGUUUGUCCGAAACUGGACCGCGUGGACUUCAUCGAGAAGCCGGACUCCUUUUCCUACGCAGACUUUUUCAAGGGCUACCUGGUCCCCAACUUGCCGUGUGUUUUCUCCAGCGCCUUCACCGAGGACUGGGGUAGCAGGAGGCUCUGGGUGACACCCAGCGGAAAGCCCAACCUCGAUUAUCUGCUUCAGAACUAUGGAGACGUGGUUGUACCUGUUGCAAACUGUGGGGUCCAGGAAUACAACUCCAACCCCAAAGAACACAUGCCCCUCAGAGACUACAUCAGCUACUGGAAAGAGUACAUUCAGGGAAACUACUCCUCUUCACGGGGCUGUUUAUAUCUCAAAGACUGGCAUCUGUGCAGGGACUUCUCGACAGAAGGCGUGUUCACCCUGCCCAUAUACUUCUCAUCUGACUGGCUCAACGAGUAUUGGGAUGCCCUAGACGUGGAUGACUACCGCUUCGUUUACAUGGGGCCCACCGGCACUUGGUCGCCGUUCCAUGCCGACAUUUUCCGCUCCUUCAGCUGGUCCGUCAACAUCUGCGGGAGGAAGAAGUGGCUCUUCUUCCCACCAGGGCAAGAAGACGCCCUGCGGGACCGUCAUGGUGGCCUGCCCUACGACGUGACCUCCCCCAGUCUCCUGGACAGCCACCUGCACCCCACGCGAGAUGGCUGUAGCCCGCCGCUGGAGGUCACGCAGGAGGCGGGCGAGAUGGUGUUUGUGCCCAGUGGGUGGCACCACCAAGUCCACAACCUGGAGGACACCAUCUCCAUCAACCACAACUGGGUCAACGGCUGUAACCUGGCCAACAUGUGGCACUUCCUGCAGCAGGAGCUCCGUGCCGUGCAGCAGGAGGUCAUUGAGUGGAGGGACGCCAUGCCUGACUGGCAUCACCACUGCCAGGUCAUCAUGAAGUCCUGCUCUGGGAUUAAUUUUGAAGAAUUUUAUCACUUCCUGAAGAUCAUUGCUGAAAGGAGGCUUCUCCUCCUUGCAAAGGGGAUGAGCCCUGGCCAGGCAGAGGGUGGCGAGGACACUGGAUUGGGCCCCCAGCAGGCCGCAUUUGACAUUGGCCGCAUAGCUGAGGUGCUGGAGUCCGUGGUGGUCCACCCUGACUUCCAGAGGGUGGAUACUAGUACAUUCUCACCACGGCCAGAGGUACUACUGCGGCAGCUGAAAGAGGCUGUAGCUGCCACGACGACCCUCUAG